GAGACCGAGGGUUGCACUGCGGUGGCAGUUCUCCUGGGACGGCUGGGCGGACCUUUCCCCGCCUCCCUUUCCUUCCCCUCCCUUCAAGAGACUCAAGCUGUGCGCUUCCCACUUCCGCUCCUCUGCCAUUGGAACUAGCGAAGCCAAGCAAGUUGCGGACCCCAAACAGCUGCGGCUGCACUCCUCCACCUCCUCGUUUUCUCUCCCUUCUCUUCUUCCCCGGCUAACGCUUCCCCCGCCGCCGCAGCCCCGAGGCCUCGCCACCGACCGAGCCCACAGCCCACGCCACUGCCGACAUGAGCUUCUUGUUUGGUAGUCGCUCCUCUAAAACAUUCAAACCAAAGAAGAACAUACCAGAGGGUUCUCACCAGUAUGAGCUCUUAAAGCAUGCAGAAGCCACACUUGGCAGUGGCAAUCUCCGGAUGGCCGUGAUGCUUCCUGAGGGAGAAGAUCUAAAUGAGUGGGUUGCAGUGAACACUGUGGAUUUUUUCAAUCAGAUCAACAUGCUUUAUGGAACAAUCACAGAUUUCUGUACAGAGGAAAGUUGUCCAGUGAUGUCAGCCGGACCAAAAUAUGAGUAUCACUGGGCAGAUGGAACAAACAUAAAGAAGCCGAUUAAGUGCUCGGCGCCAAAGUAUAUUGAUUACUUGAUGACCUGGGUUCAGGACCAAUUGGAUGAUGAAACAUUAUUUCCUUCAAAAAUAGGGGUCCCUUUCCCGAAGAACUUCAUGUCUGUGGCAAAAACUAUACUCAAACGCCUCUUUAGGGUUUAUGCACACAUUUAUCAUCAGCAUUUCGACCCUGUGAUUCAGCUUCAGGAGGAGGCGCAUUUGAAUACAUCUUUCAAGCACUUUAUCUUUUUCAUCCAGGAAUUCAACCUCGUUGACAGAAGAGAACUUGCACCACUCCAAGAACUGAUUGAAAAACUCACCUCAAAGGACAGAUAAAGGCUGCAGAACUGUUCCUCAAAUGCAUUUGUGUGGAGUGUAUUUAGAUUUCAUUGUAUUUUAUGUUUAUCUCAGUGGCUUUGUCUUAGUUUUGGGGGGCUUGUUUGGGUUCUUUUUUCUUUAUUCUGAAUAAAUAAAAUUAUAUUCUAUUGCUAGAGGAAGCCAAGAAUCAUUCUCUAUACAUUUGAUAGGGGUAAAUUUUUGUCUUAGUGGCAUAUGGUAUUUUUUUUUUAACUUGGUUUUGGUUACUUGUAGAAUUUCUGAUAAUAUGUGUUGAAAGAAAAUGCUUAUUGAUUGGACUGCUGAUGGAUGGGGUUCUGUGUUGUGUAAAUGGUGGCCAAUUUUUGAAGUCCCCGAAAGACUUAUGUUUUUAAGUGCCUUGGCAGACUCACUUCUGAGGUGCAAAGCACAGAGAUAGAACCAAACAGGGCUUGCAACAAUAUUGGGAGUACUACCCAGGGCACUUACUGAUUUAUGUUUUAAAACAUCUAUGCUAAAAGCCAUAGUUUACCUAAAUUGAUGAUCUCCAGCUUUUCCUACAUAGAGGAAACACACUUAAUAAAGUUGUGCAUGUAGAACAUACAAAAAUUAGUAUUUCUUAAUUAUUUUUUAUAUUAAUAGUAAUUCUGUUCAACAAAUGCUUCAAGUUCUACAAGCAGGCCUUUUUCCAUCUCUUGACAUCUGUGAUACUGAGACUUGAGGAUGUCGAAAUGCAAUACCUUUGCAUUUUGUCUUCUUUCUACAUGUUAACUGCACUGUAGGUGUGAAUAUUCAGGUUAUAUACAAGUUUGCCAUCUUCAGAGGUAAUGCUGAACUGUGAGGUUUCUUAGCAAUUGCCAGAUGAGCCAUAAAUCUGCAGAAUCCCCUUCUGCUAUGAAGAAGCAGGGAUAGGAGGUGUGUUUUGUUGCUGGGGCAGGGGGCAGUUAGUUUGUAUGGAGAGUUAGGAAUGGAAUUAAGUAUGGGAAAUCAAGUUUUAGAAGGUCCUGUCUUAAAACCCUUGCAUAGAAUGGCAUGAAGAUUUUAAUCAGUUUCUUAUAAGCAGAGUCUCAGAGACUUCUUUUUUAGGAAUCAACUUCCAUGAGAAGUUAAAAAUAAACUACUAAUUUUAGGUAUAGAUAUUAAAUAUGGGAUUCAAGGACUGUUUGGAGAAAUUGACCACUUUUUAGCAUUUCCAUUCAGUGAAUGGAGCUGGUGUUUGCCUGUCAUUUUUAAAUGAUACAGUACAUUCUAGGCCCAACUUGAAGCAUUCUGACUUCUGAUUUCCACUGUGAAAGGAAAUACUUUUUGCAGUGAUAUCAAACAAUGAAAGUGCUAAUUCAGUAGUUUUUAACUGUAUUUUCCAUGACUUUCUAGUGAAUUAUUCCCAAGUUCUGAAGAUUAGUUUUUAAAGUAAAUAUCAACAUUUUCAGUUCAGUUUUAUUCUUGAGAUAUAUACUUUUCAGACUUUGUUUUAAUUUUGUCAUUCCUGGUAAAUCUGCAUCGUUCAUUUAGAAAUAUAUACAUUUUCCCUUAUAGAAGAGAAAUCUUGCUCUGAAAAUACCUAGAAAAAAAUCUGAAAUGAAAUCAGUUUGGUUUUGCUGUUAACAAGUAGGGCAGUGAUACAGUUUAAUGCUGUUCAGUUGUGAUCACUAGGAACUGCCUUGUUCUCCAUUUUAUUGAUAGCAGUCAUUCUCCAAGUACCAACAGUAGAAGUUAACAAGAGGGACAGGCAGGGACAAAUACAUUGGACAUUCAUUGGUGAUGCUUAGUUAUAAAUAGCAGUGAGAACAAGCUGAUUUCCUUAAAAAAAUCUUUUAGUAUCCAAAUAUGUAAGAUCAACCAUUAUGGGUUGAUUCAAAAAUAAAAUUUGGCAUCAAGUGAUUGGGGUCUUAUCUAUUUAGGGAAAUGAAGCAUAUGAUUACUCAAGUAGUCUUUCGUAGUGCAUUUGACUUCGGAUCAACCUAGUAUCAAAAGGGUUGCAAUAGCCAAGAGUAGGGAGAAUAGUGAAAAAUUGUUCUUGCUCUUUUAAGCCUUAUACAGUACACUGUAAAAAUGCAUAAAUGUUUCUAUAAAUUAAUGUUUAGUAGUAGGACCUACUUUCCCACUGUGUGUAUAUAGGAGUUUGUUGUCACUGUGCCAGAAUCUCAGGUGCCUGCUUCUGAGUAUUCCUUUAAACAGAGUUAUUGGGAAGUAAUGAGUUAUGUAUGUGUAUAUAUGGUAACAAAGUAGGGAUGUUCUCCCAGGGAGAGACCUGGCAUUGUACUUGGUGUUACAUGGCUACAAGUAGGGAAACAUUCACCAGAACAUGUGAGAAAUAACUGAUUUAAUUAAAAAAUUGCUUUGGUUCAGUCGGUUCUCGUCAGCAUUAGUGAGAUACAAAAUAAGGAUCAAAUCUUGGCUUUGCAGCAGAGCUUGCUUAUAACUGUUUAUUGGAUUAUUUCCAGAUUUCUUUAUUAAGUUUAUAAAUGACCAAGAUAAGGAUUUCCCCCCUGUUCACUAUACAGAGAUGUAAAACAGAAGUUGGUUUUCUCAUCUGCUAAUAAAAGCAUAAAAUAUAAGGUAGUAAGUUAACAUAGUAUUAUUUUCACAAUGCUUUGGUUAAAUGUUGUUAUGAAGGAAGUUUCAGGAAUUAUUUUAGUGAUGGAGUAAUGGUGUUAGAGAGAAGUUAAUAACAGAAAGUGAAAAUCUUUAAGUUAGCAGUAGAUGGUGCUACUAGCUUUCAUUUGCUGACUUGAUUACUCUGUUUCUCAUAAAAUCCAUUACAUUAAACUGCACUAAAACAGAAAGCAUGUGUGUAAACUCACUGUUUGGAGGUCAGUUUAUCUUAAAUUGAAAGAUUUUAGAUUGCUAUCGCUUUUUACCUUUGUCAUUUGGAAAUUCUGAAUGGUCAGCAUAAAAUGUAUUUGGUUGGAGAUGACAUGUUUAGUGUGUAAUGUAUCUCACACUGAAUUACAGCUUGUUUUAUCAGGAAGGUUAAAGCACUAAAAUUGCUUGUAUUCAGGAAGUACAGAUGAUGUGGAUAUUUACUUUUUUCAUGUAAUCUACCAGACUCCAUAUUAUGUAUUAGCAUUUUCCUUGCUUAUGGGAAAAUAGCAAAAUGACAGAUUUCUUUUAUACCUUUGUCUACACCCUCUCUGAGAGAGGUUUUGAUAACCACUGAAAUGGUAAAAUAAGUGAGAUGCAAUUACUAAGUUGUAGGACUUUUAAAUAAAUAUGUUAUACCUUAAAUAUCCAAAUGAGAGUUGAUCUUCAGGGUGGUUCCUUUGGGAGCACUACUUACUCCAUUUAUGCUGCAUUGGUAUAGAGUUUUGGGAAUACUUUCAAAGAUGCCUUGAGAACCAUUUUAUGACUAUGCAAGAGGAUCUACUUUAUCAUUUGAGUUGCACCAAAAACUGUUUUUGGCAAAUAAUGUGACUUGUCUCAUUCACCAAACUGUCUCUGCUUUGCUGUUCUCUUAGCACUAAACCAUUCAAGUUCAGAAGAAUGUGCCAUAGGUUCUGAAUUUGCAGAAGAGAAUGUUUUGAGCAUAGGUAGCAUCAUUUAAUAAAUGUCACUACUUUGAAGUAGACAAUAUCAUUUGGAUGUAUAGGAUUUAUUUUUUUUUAAUUUAGUUGAAUUAUUUUUCAGUUAAAUAUAAUCAUAAAAAAUCUAAGUACCUUAUUUUCUGUUUUUUUGUUUCUUUCACUGAUAAUUCUUGAAUUCCGUCUUGACUACUAUAAAAUUGUUUUGACUGAAGGAAUAGUAAGAAAAGAAGUGGAUCCCAUAUUUAAAAUACAAGUAGUCUAAGGAAACAACAGCCUUUACCUCAUUCCUUUUUCAAAAAAACAUUUUCACUCAGAUGAACAAUUUGAAUAUAAAGACUAGAGGGCAUUUUAUAAAGAAAUUGGAUUAAAUUUUAUAUAUUAAUUAGUUUUAAGCCUAUGUAUCAUUGAUAAAAUUAUUUAAAAUUAUAUAACCAUUUCAUAUAUCACUUAAAACUUUAAAAUUGUGAAUGUCUCUUUAAAAGAUGUGGGACCAGAAGUCUAUUUGUAAUUUGAAAAUGUGUCUGCAUACCAGGAGGAAAACUUUAGUUAUUUUGAAAUUUAUCUGGAAUAUUAAAGAAUAUACCAAUUCUUAGAAAUCCUAUUCUAGACCUAUAUUUAAAGGACCAUUUCUAAAAUAAUUUAAAUAUUAAAGUUUUGUCAUAAUGUUGAUUCACGAUAGGAAUUACUGUUUAGCUGUCAGUUUAGUGGUGUCUGAGAUACAUAUUUAGAGGGAAAACUAUCUCAAGAUUUAAUGAAAACGUUUAAUUUUGAGAUGUAAUAACAAUUCUGACUGCAGACAAUUUGAAUUUUUAGGGUUUUCCUAAAGAGCUAAUCAAAUGGAAGAAUUCAUUUUGAAGCUAUAAAAGUAUGCUCCAUGUAUGCAAUUUGUAGUUGAACUGGUACAUAAAUUUUGACUAAAGAGAGAAAAUACAGAUUAAUACUGAGUAUUCUCAGUUUUGCUAGUGUGAUGCGAAUUUCUUUUUCUACAUAUUAAUACUCUGCAAUGGAUAACUUUGGAUUUCAGUUCUCAAAGAUCCAUAGUGAAGUCUCUGGCCUUUCCCAGCUUUAUGUUUACCUGUCAUCCUCUUCUUUUUGGAGGCAAAUUACUUCCUUACUGCUGUUGACUUUCUAUACCUCCCACCACCCCAAAACACAGCCACUUGGACAACAAAGCAGGCUGAUAGUGCAGGUCCUCAUUGUCAGUGCUUCUGAAGUACUUGCUGUCAAUACUUAGGUUUUAGCUGAACUGUUGAAAGAUGCUACUUCCGUAGGCAUUUUUGUUGUUGUUGACAGCUUUCUUUAAAUAUGUCACCGAAGUUGAGAUCAUUAGUGAUAUACAAUAAUAAUUUUUGUUAAUAUUUAAUUUCUCUCAUAUAUUAUUAUUGUGUUUCUUACUGGUUUGCACAUUUUUUUUCUUUUUUGUUUCUGAAAUACUUAACUGUGCAGGUUGUAAAAUAGAUUAGUACAUUUUCAUUUUAAGAACACUUUUCUCCUUAAAUUAUUCUGCUGAGAUAACUAUUUUUAGGGGAAAUAGUUUUUUAAAGCCACUAAAUUGUAUUUGUUAUUUUUAUACAUGCAUAACUAGGGUGCUGAGUGCGCUAGUCUUGUGGGGAGACACUUAACUUUUCUUCUAGUUGAACAUUUCUAAUACAUUAUUACUUAAAAUUAUCUAGAAACUGUCAUGAAAUCUAGCUUUGAGAGUGAAUACAGUAUAGAUGAGAACACUUAAAAGUCUGAGCAGAAAUCGAUUAUGAGGACAAAAGCAGAACACUGCCAGUGCCAUAGAACGGACGUAGAGGCCCAGCAUCGACAUUGCACACGCAUUGGAAAGAAUGUCCAAAGACAGGGGUCCUGCUCCAUCGGAGAUAGACAGUUUCUCAGUUAGAGUAGCUGAAAGGGGAAAAAUGGCCUAAAAUAUGAAAUGUAACAUGGAUGCUGUGUUGUAAACUGUGCCAAAAUUACUCAAAUUAUAGUUAUUAUUGAUCAAAGUUUAACUGCUUUAUCAUUUUUGUUUUCAAAGAGGAUACCGAAUGAAAAUCUGUAACAUGUUUUGAGAGAUGUAAAUAAUGUAUACAGACUUGUAUGUGAUGAGAUGGGAAGAAAUAUUUAAGUUUAGGGUUUUUUUAAAGGGAGAAAGGAUGUUUAUUACAAAAAUUAAUAAAUAGUUAUGUUUGGCCAUGAA